AUGGAUGAGAAUGCGCGGAAGCUUGAUGCUCACGACAAAGACCCUCAGCCUGCCAUUUCCAACAACCCUUUCGAGACUCACGGUCCGAACAAAGUCAUUUUCGCCUAUCUCUCGUCUAGAUUCGAGACCUUCCGCCGUCUAACGGCGAUUCGCGACAAAGGCUGGCUGAGCAGCAAAGGCGACGAGCACUUCAAAAAGCAGCGUGCAACCGCCGACAAGAAUACUGCGCAAGCUAAGAAGGGAUUCUUCAACUGCAUGAUUCAGAACGGCAAUGAGCUUCAAGUGCUUACCGGCGGCUUCAACAUCACCCGUACUAGCCCUCCGCCAGAGCGCAUCCUCGAUCUCUGCAUGGCUCCAGGCGCAUUCCUUCAAGUGGCGCUGGAGUUCAACCCGUCGGCUACGGCCAAGGCGUUCACACUCCCUGUCGAGAGUGGAGGACAUGCGACUCGAAUCAAGUCGCACACACGUUUUGGAGGUCGCGUGGAUCUCACCUACCAGGACAUCACCCUCAUGGCCGCGGAUAUGGGCGUCACGACCAUUCCCACCUCACACCCAGAUGCCGCAAGCCUUCUCACCGUCCGACAAAUCCCAGCAGACGAACUGUUCGAUCUCGUCAUCUGCGACGGCCAAGUCCUCCGCGGGCACGAUCGGGCUGAGUGGCGCGAGCAGAACGAAGCGAGGAGAUUGGUCUCGACGCAAUUGGCGCUAGGACUGGAGCAUCUGCGCGAGAGCGGAACCAUGAUCGUGCUUCUGCACAAGAUCGAGCGAUGGGAGGUGCUCAAGCUUCUCUACCACUUCAACAAGUUCUCCGAUGUGAGUGUCUUCAAGCCGGAACGCAUCCAUGCCUCGCGGUCCUCCUUCUACCUCGUGGCGAAGAAGGUACAGUCACAGAGCGAGGCCGCGCGCGCUGUGUUGCAGGAGUGGAAAAAAGAGUGGGAGGUCACCACGUUCGGAACUGCCGAAGAGAUCGAAGAGGUGCUGAGGAAGGAUGACGAGAAGGUGAAAGAGGUGUUGGAGGAGUUUGCAGACAAGCUGGGAGGACUGGGCGAGAUCGUCUGGGGCAUUCAGGCGAAUGCGUUGGAGACGUCGAAAUGGAUGAAGAAGUAG